AUGGGUCUUUGUACCCGAGGACCUGUUUUGUCUUGUGUGAUAUUGGCAGUUAUUGCUGUCGAACCAUCAAAGAAGACUACAGAAAAAGAAAAACGUCAAAUUGGUGAUAACUUGUUCUAUUACAAUGCUUUGCCACAAGCCUACAACAAAGCUUCACUUGUUGACCAUUCUGCUCUCCUUGAUACCUCAGCUCAAUACUACAACACACCUCUAGUCAAGCCAGAAGUAUCUCAACAUACCGUUCAUCAUGUCAUUGAUAAAGUUCCAAUUCCUCAGUACUACAGCACUCCUCUAGUCAAGUCAGAAGCAACUCAAUAUACCGUCCAAAAUGCCGUUGAUCAAUUUCCAGUUGCUCAGUACUACAGCACUCCUCUAGUGAAACCAGAAGUAACUCAACAUACCGUCCACAAUGUCAUCAAUAAAGUUCCAGUUGCUAUUCCACAACCCGUUCCAGUACCAAUUACAAAAACCGUCAAAGUAGCCCAACCCUACCCAGUCCACGUCGAAAAACCUCUACCCGUUCAAGUUAGAGUAAAUGUACCAUAUCCAGUAGACAAACCUUAUCCAGUUCAUGUACCCCAUCAAGUCCCUUACCAAGUUAGGGUAAAAGUACCAUAUGCAGUAGAAAAACCCUACCCUGUAACAAUCACCAAGACUGUACCUGUAGCCGUUGAAAAACCUGUUUAUGUGAAGGUUCCCGAAAUCGUGAAAGUACCAGUUGAACAGCCUUAUCCAGUUGCCGUUCAACGUAAAGUAGCUGUUACUGUACCUGAACCAGUAGUAGUUAAAGUACCUGAACUCAUUAACGUACGCCAUAAUAUCUACAAACAACCUGUUAUUCAACAACAAGAAAUUGAACAAAUUACCUUGCCAGUAUAUAAUCAACAAGUUCACGGUCAAGAAUACAGAGUAUCUGGUCUUCAACCCUCAGAAUAUAUCUCAGCUGACUCGCUUCCAAGUCUGCAAACUCUUCCAUAUUCCUUUGGUCAAAAUCAAAACAACAUGUACCAGAUGAACCACAUGAACCAAAUGAACUACAUGAAUCAUAUGAGUCACAUGAACUUUGCCUCCAACUACGGAUCUUAUGGUAUGCAUAACAUAGUCUCCCGUGAUGCGAAGAAGGAGAACCAAAAACAUUAG